AUGAGUUUCAGACAGAUCUCCUCAUCUUUCCGGAGCAGCAGCGGCAGCAGCUGUGGAGGAGGAGGAGGCAGAGGGGCCAGCGGAGGCAGCAUGCGGUCUUCUUUCAGUCGCUCCUCCAGGGCUGGUGGAGGAGGAGGCCGCUUUGGCUCUUCCAGUGGCUUUGGUGGAGGUGGCUUUUCGGCCUGUGGCAGUGGAGGUGGUGGCAGUUUUGGAUCUAGCUAUGGUGGAGGAUAUGGAGGGGGUUUUAGCGCAGGGAGUUCCAGCGGUAUGUUUGGUGGAGGUUCUAGAGGUUGCUUUGGUGGAGGUUCUGGAGGUGGCUUUGGUGGGGGUUCUGGAGGUGGCUUUGGUGGGGGUUUUGGAGGUGGCUUUGGUGGUGGCUCUGGAGGUGGCGAAGGUAGUAUUCUGAACACCAAUGAGAAAGUCGUCAUGCAGAACCUCAAUUCCCGUUUGGCCUCUUAUAUGGAUAAAGUGCAGGAACUGGAGGAGGACAACGCCAACCUGGAGAAGCAGAUCCAGGAAUGGUAUUCAAGGAAGGGGAACAGAGUCUUCCAGAAGGACUACUCUCAUUACUAUAACACUAUCGAAGACCUGAAGGACAGAAUUGUGGAUCUCACAGUGAGGAACAACAAAGCACUCAUAGACAUGGACAAUACUCGCAUGACUCUGGAUGACUUCAGGGUUAAGCUUGAGAUGGAGCAGAGCCUGCGCCAAGGGGUGGAUGCUGAUAUUAAUGGCCUGCAGAAGGUUUUGGAUGGCCUAAAUAUGGAGAAAUCUGAUCUGGAGAUACAGUUUGAUAGUCUGGACGAUGAGCUGAAGGCCCUUAAGAAGAACCACAAGGAGGAGAUGAGCCAGCUGACGGGCCAGAAUGAUGGAGAUGUUAAUGUGGAGAUAAAUGUUGCUCCUAGCACAGACCUCACCCAGGUCCUCAAUGACAUGCGUGAGGAAUACGAACACCUCAUUUCUAAGAACCGCCAGGACAUUGAGCAACACUAUGAGUCCAAGAUGACCCAGAUUGAGCAGCAAGUGACAAAUAGUGGCCAAGAGAUGGAGACCAACAUGAAGCAAGUGUCCCAGCUCCAGCACAGUGUCCAGGAGUUGAACAUUGAGCUGCAGACUCAGCUUACCACGAAAUCAGCCCUGGAGAAGGCUUUGGAAGACACAAAGAACCGCUACUGUGGCCAGCUGCAGCAGAUUCAGGAACAGAUCAGUGAGAUGGAGGCCCAGCUUGCUCAGGUCCGGGCAGAAACUGAGUGCCAGAACCAGGAAUAUGGCCUUCUGCUCAGCAUCAAGACACGGCUGGAGAAAGAAAUUGAGACUUACCGAAAGCUCCUUGAAGGCGGCCAGCAAGACUUUGAAUCUUCUGGAGCUGGACAAAUUGGCUUUGGAAGUGGCAAAGGAAGACAAAGAGGAAGUGGCGGCAGCUAUGGAGGAGGAAGUGGGGACAGCUAUGAAGGAGGAAGUGGAGGGAGCUAUGGAGGAGGACGAAGAAGUGGGGGCAGCCACGGUGGAAAAAGUGGAGGUAGUUAUGGAGGAGGAAGCAGCUCUGGGGGAGGAAGUGGAGGCAGCUAUGGAGGAGGAAGUGGGGGCAGCCAUGGUGGAAAAAGUGGGGGUAGCCAUGGAGGAGGAAGUGGGGGCAGCUAUGGUGGAGGAAGUGGUUCUGGAGGAGAAAGUGGAGGCAGCUAUGGAGGAGGAAGUGGAGGCAGCCACGGUGGACAAAAAGGAGGAAGUGGGGGCAGCUAUGAAGGAGGAAGAAGUGGAGGCAGCUAUGGAGGAGGAAGUGGUUCUGGAGGAGGAAGUGGGGGUAGUUACGGUGGAGGAAAUAGAAGGCCAUCUCAGUCCCAGUCCUCAAAAUCUGCCGACUGCGAUGACGAUGAUUCGAAAGGCCACAAGAUGCGAUACUAGAACCCUGAUUAACUUUCUCCACCGGACCCCAGCUGAGAGUGUCUCAGGAGGGCAGG